AGAGCCAGGCCCCCAUUUCUGUGCAUCACCCACCCACCUAGCCUCGUCCCUUCCCUGCCUGCAUCUCCCCCCAACCCAGCCUCACCAUGAGCUACAGCAGCGACCAGCUCUACCCACCCUCCUCCUAUAAGAAGAUCUUCGGGGAAUCCCCUCGCCUCUCCAGCAGGGUCUACAACAGCUCAGCCCCACCCCGGGCUGCCGGCUACCGCGCCCACCAUGCCAGGGACUCCUGCGCCGCCGCCGCCGCCGCCUCCUCCUAUCGCAAGCUGGCCGUGCCCAGCCCCGUGGACCACCUGGAGCUGCUGUCCCAGUCCAGCGCGGUGAGCAACGAGCUGAAAAUCGUGCGCACCAACGAGAAGGAGCAGCUGCAAGGGCUCAACGACCGCUUCGUGACCUACAUCGAGAAGGUGCAUCAGCUGGAGCAGCACAACCGGCUGCUGGAGGCCGAGGUCUCGCUGCUGCGCCAGCGCCAGGCGGAGCCCCCCCGCCUGCAGCAGCUCUACGAGCAGGAGAUCCGCGAGCUGCGCUCGCAGCUGGAGGCGCUGCGGGGCGAGCGGGACGAGGCGCAGCUGGAGAGCCAGCGGCUGGCGCAGGGGCUGCAGCGCCUGCGGGAGCAGAGCCAGGAGGCGGCGCGCCGGCGGGAGGAGGCCGAGCUGGCGCUGCGCGACUACGGGAAGGACGUGGACCGGGCCACGCUGGCCCGGCUGGAGCUGGAGAAGAAGGUGGAGUCGCUGCUGGACGAGAUCGCCUUCCUGCGGAGGGUGCACGACGAGGAGGUGGCCUCGCUGCAAGCCUCGCUGCAGGAUGCGCAGGUCUCGGUGGAGGUGGACGUGAGCAAGCCUGACCUCACGGCUGCCUUGAAGGAGAUCCGCAUGCAGUACGAGGUCCUUUCUGCCCGGAACCAACAGUCUGCCGAAGAGUGGUACAAAUCCAAAUUCGCCAACUUCACCGAGGAGGCAGCUCGCAGCAGUGACAGCAUCCGCCAGGCCAAGGAAGAGAUCACGGAGUACCGGCGCCAGCUGCAGGCCCGCAACAUCGAGAUCGAGGCUCUGAGGAAUGCCAACGAGUCCCUGGAGAGGCAGCUGCAGGAAGCGGAGGAGAGGAGCAAUGGGGAGAUCCAUAAUCUGCAGGAGACUAUUAACCAGCUUGAAAAUGCUCUAAGGACGACCAAGGGAGAGAUGGCUCGCCACCUCCGAGAGUACCAAGACCUGCUGAACGUGAAAAUGGCCCUGGAUAUUGAAAUAGCUGCAUACAGGAAAUUACUGGAAGGGGAGGAAACACGGCUAAGCACCGUCAGCAGCGGGAACACCUUUGGCCUUGGCUACACGUUCUCGUCUAGCCCCUUCUCCGGCGCAAAAGCCUUUUCCACCAGCACGGUCACCGUCAGGAGGGAGGAGAAGCGAGACCUGCAGGAAAGCAACAAGGACCCCAGACUUUCAGAGGAGCCGAAGCCUGCCGAGGAAGAUCAGCCUGGAGAAGAAAAGGUCGAAGCCGUCCCAGCCAAGAACUAAACUGGAGUGAAGUCACUGUGCGCCUCCCCAAGGGGAAAAGGAGUCCCUCACAGGCGAGAGAUUACGUUGUGUCCUAAUGUAGCCAAUUACAGUAACACUGAGCGGCAGCCUUGUCCAGUGGCUAGAGCUCCAGACUGGGACUCAGAGACCUGGGUUCUAGUCCCAGCUCUGCCACUGGCCUGCUGGGUGACCUUGGGCAAGUCACUUCACCUCCCUGUGCCUCAGUUUCCUCUCACCGUGUCUAUGUAGAUUGUAAGCUUCUCUGGGCAGGGACUGUCUCUAGCUAUGUGUUUGUACAGCGCCUAGCACAAUGGGGCCUUGAUCUCCAUUGGAACCUUUGGUGCUACUAUAAUAAUGCUUAUAGAACAAAGGUAUGUAUGUGUGUCCCCUGCCUUCUCCAGGCUAGACUUCCAGGCCCUCAUCCCCUUCACACUGCACAUGGUGAUAAAACAUUCCAGUGACUUCAGCGGGGGUCAGAAUUGACCCCCUACAUAAGUGUCCAAGGCUUCAGAGCCUUGAUCCCCUCGCUCUCACACUCUGCAGUGCACCGUUAGCUGCUCCAACCCCCAUUCUCUCCGUUGUGGUUUAUAGAAUAGCUGCACCAGCCAACUUCCCAUUCAAGUGAGCCUAGAUGCACAGGGCCAAACCUUGGUCCCUGUUGAAGUAAAUAUUGAAACUCCCAUAGAUUCCAGGGGACCAUUUUAUUGGCCCAAAGCCUGGCAAACUUGGUCCACUGGCUGGAAAGGAUUGGGAGCCAAAGCCAGUAAAUACCCCCUGGAAACCAAGUGGGUGUAAAUGGUUUGUUGAAAGGCCCCUAGACACACCUAUUAUUCAGCAAUAGCUAGAGCAGCAUUUUCCAAACUGUGGGUCACCACCCCGAAUAGGGAUGGGCCAUCAGCAGAUGGGGUCACGGCGAUCCCUAGUGUUCAGAGGACACCAUUUUACGCUGCACAGCAGUGACCUCGCACAUAUGGUGCAUGCAAGGUCACGAUGCCCAGAGGGCACCAUUUUGCUCUACAAAAUGCCUACCUCCACACAGUGAGCCCUCGCAUGCACUGUAUGGAUGAGGUCACGCUGUGCAGAGGAUGCUAUUUGGUUCUUCAAAAUGGCAUCCUCCAGGCUGUCUGGGGUCCCGGGAGGAAACCAUUCAUUAAAAUGGGGUUGUACCAGCAAAAAGUUUGGGAACCCCCACUCUACACCUCUUACACCUUGUUCUGCCUUUCCUGGGUCGUCUUAGCUAUACCAGCAAACCCUUUCUAGUGUAGAUAAGGCCAUGCAUGACAAUAGGAGAGGGCUUAAGGGCUGGAUUAAUUUACUCACAGUGAAUAGCAUCUUACUCCAUAAGUGGUCUCACUGGGGCACUAGCAAGGGUAUCAGUGUAAAUAAGGGUACUAAGAAUCUGGCCCUUUGAGAGAGAUUUUCAUAAGAGGACACUUGGCGUGUUUGAUGUUGAGCUUUUCUGCCAAUCUGGCCCGGAUUUUGAAAUUUGCAAAUGUAACCCUUCUUGAUUAAUAGUGGAUUUAUAGCUCCUCUUUUAAAAAAAAAAAAAACAGGAUUUCGGGAGCGUAGGGCAGAUUGCAUCAAUAAUAAUUUCUGGGAACAGCCAUCUGAAGUGUAACAUCCGAAACAAUGAAGAUGUCAUGGAAAUUCAGGUGCUGUAAUUGUGAUGCAGAGAGACGGUCUGUAAACACAGUCUGAUAUGCAAAAAGAAAAGGAGUACUUGUGGCAGCUUAGAGACUAACAAAUUUAUUUGAGCAUAAGCUUUCGUGAGCUACAGCUCACUUCACGAAACCUUAUGCUCAAAUAAAUUUUAGUCUCUAAGGUGCCACAAGUACUCCUUUUCUUUUUGCGAAUACAGACUAACAUGGCUGCUACUCUGAAAACAGUCUGAUAUCUUUCAGUGACUUAACGGGUGUUGUUUGUCUCUCUUCCAACCCACGAAUGUACCCAGGGGGCAGAAAAGAAUUGUAUCAUGAAAGUGAAUGUUCUGUAGAAAGAAUUAGCUUGAUAUUGGGGGUAGGGAUAGCUCAGUGGUUUGAGCAUUGGCCUGCUAAACCCAGGUUUGUGAGCUCAAUCUUUGAGGGGGCCAUUUAGGGAUCUGGGGCAAAAAUUGGGGAUUGAUCCUGCUUUGAGCAGGGGGUUGGACUAGAUGACCUCCUGAGGUCCUUUCCAACCCUGAUAAUCUGAAUGUAGAGGAGACAGCAAUUGAUUGCUGGGAACACUAGAGUUCGGCUUGAGGUAGGCUUAAAACUUUAAUCUAGAGCUGGUCAUAAUGCUUCAAAUGUCAAAACUUUGACAGUUUCAGAAUUUGACCUUUGAAAAAUGGGGA